AUGGCUUCACUUGGUGGAGAGAGAGUCAACAACCCCACCAUCAUGAAAAGCCCCUCUGGUUCUACACAGAAGGUGGUAAAUGUUCAAUACUAUGGCGCCAAGGGAGAUGAAGAUUCUGAUUCCAUGGCAUUUGAGAAGGCGUGGAAGAAAGCUUGCUCAUCUUCUACGCCAACCAUUCUGUUAAUACCCAAGAACAAGCGGUAUCUCCUCAAGCCUAUGAACUUUAGAGGCCCCUGCAAAUCUCGAGUUUCAUUCACUAUCAUGGGGACACUCGAAGCGUCGAGGAACCAAAAGGAUUGGGAUGGCAGGAUUUCCAGGCACUGGAUACUCUUCAGUAAUAUCGAUAACCUCACCGUUCGAGGUGGCGGAACCAUCAAUGGCAAUGGGAAGAUAUGGUGGAGAGGCUCCUGCAAGAUGGAUGCAUCUAUGCCAUGCAUCAGUGCGCCGACGGCCCUGAGCUUCAACUCUUGCAAGAAUUUGAGGGUGGAGAAUCUGAAGGUGAUGGAUAGCCCACGGAUGCACAUAUCUUUGGAGAAAUGUACUGGUGUAGAUGCAUCUCAUCUGACCAUCACUGCUCCGCAUGAGAGUCCGAACACUGAUGGGAUUCAUAUCACUCAUUCGAAGAACGUAAAGAUCGCCAACAGUUUCAUCGGGACCGGUGAUGAUUGCAUAUCGAUUGUUAGUGGAUCGAAAAAUGUGAUGGCAACAAACAUUGUUUGUGGACCAGGACAUGGAAUCAGCAUCGGAAGCUUAGGAGCUCACAACUCAGAAGCACAAGUCUCUAAUGUGACUGUCGACACGGCACGAUUUAUUGGAACAGCAAAUGGAGUCCGGAUCAAGACAUGGCAGGGGGGAAAAGGAUAUGCAAAGGGCUUAACAUUUAAGAACAUCGUUAUGCACAAUGUUCUGAAUCCUAUCAUCAUCGAUCAGAACUACUGUGACUCACAAAACCCAUGUCAAAGACAGGUUUCAGCUGUCCAAGUGAUGGAUGUGUUGUACCAAAACAUCAAGGGAACGAGUGCUUCAGAAGUGGCCAUAAAUCUGCAGUGCAGCAAUGACAGACCCUGUCGUCAUGUACUGCUGCAAGAUGUCAACUUAGUCGGAGUCGGUGGAGAUUCCGCAAAGAGCCUCUGUUCGAAUGUGCAGUGGAUCAAAAGGGGAACUGUCAUCCCCCCUCCUCGUAUUCACGAUUAA